GGAUCAAUUGUGCGUCACCGUCGGAAAUAAGUUGAUCAUUGUUCUGUGGAUUACAUACCCUGAAGAAGAAAAAUGAAUUUUUAUGUGGCAUUUGUUGUAGCUUUGGCAACCAGCACAUUUGCUGAACCACCAGCAUUGAGUUCUUCUUAUGGAUUACCACAUCUUUCAUCGGGAUAUUCCUACCAACCAUCUAUUGCUCUCAUUUCACAAGGAACUGAUUACAUUGAACAAUCAGUUGGACAUCAAACAUCCGAAGGUCUUCAUUUAGAUUCAAACUUGUUGAACAAAAUCAGUGGAAUUUUAAUUCAACACGAGAAUUCAGGAAGACAACAACAAGUCUACGCUGCUCCAUCACAUUCAUAUGGAGUUCCACAAUCAACAUACGGCCCACCCAGCCAUUGGUCUGGUUGGACAUCAUCGAAAGUCGUCGGAAUUGAUUAUGAUCAUCUCAGACAAAGUCAUCAAGUUGCACAGUAUCUUGGACUUGACCGUUACGCUUCCAGCCAUUCCGGAUAUAGCUCACAAAAUUCUGGAUGGGUUGCACAAUCAAAACCAAUUGCAUGGCAACAACCUUCCGUAUACAUUCAACCCAGCUCAUCAUAUGUGUCAGCUCCAAGCUUUUCAUUAAACGCACCGUCAAAAUCAUCCGGAUGGGCAAGACCUGCCGUCAAAAUUUCUUCUUCACGCUGGCAUCAAUUGUAUUUCAUAGCUCGGAUUAAGAACAUCGCAAGUAACAUGAACAAGUUUGGUGUGAUACUUUUUGUGGCUCUCGCUUCAAGCGUUAUUGCUGAACCACCAAGUGGCUACUCAUAUAGACGACCAUCUUUCGGUGGCGGACAUAGAUCAUCGUUCGGUGGAUUCUCCGGAGGUGGUGGAUACUCAGGAGGCGGUGGAUACUCAGGAGGCGGUGGAUACUCCGGAGGUGGUGGAUACUCAGGAGGUGGAUUCGGAGGGGGAUUCAGCUCAGGAGGAUCUGGAUACCAACAAGUUUCCAUUGGUCAUCAAUCAUCUGAAGGCCAAUACAUCGAUCAACAAUUGUUGUACAAAAUCAAAGAAAUCUUAUUGCAACAAGAAAACUUGAAUGGCGGCGGUGGAUUUGGAGGUGGAUUCGGAGGCGGACAUGGUGGUGGAAUCUCAUCAAGCUAUGGUGCCCCAUCUUCCAGCUAUGGCGUUCCAUCUUCAAGCUAUGGAGUUCCUGGAUACAGUUCUGGACGUGUUGUUGGAAUUGAAUUGGGACAUGUUGUGCAAGGACACCAAGUUGCUGAAUACUUGAAACACGAAGCUUCAAUUGGACACGGAUACGCUCCAUCAGUCUCAUAUGGCGCCCCAUCAGCCUCAUACGGAGCUCCAUCUAUCUCAAUUCCAAGCUCAUCAUAUGGCGCUCCAUCAAGCUCAUAUGGCGCCCCAUCAAGACCCUCAAGCUCAUACGGUGUUCCCCAUUAAAUAAUACGUCGGCCGCAAUUACUUGACAUAAGACAGAAAGAAGAAAACAAAAGAAAAAACCCUAAUUAAGCUUUAUAUCUAACGAGAGAGAAACUUAGAGAGAGAAAAUAAUUCCAACGCGUCUUAAUUAAUUUA